UGGGCGGUGCCUAACGGGGGCGCGGCCUCCCUGGCUCCGGUUUUACCAAAGGGCCCCGCAGGGGUGAGGCUUGGCAUGGGCGGGGCUGCUGUGGGCGGGGUUUGAAUGGGUGUGGUCGGUGGGCGAGGCUCACGCCAGAGGGCUUGGGUUGGGUGGGCGUGGCUUAAAGGGUUAUUGUGGGAUGGGCGUGUUUUGCGGGCUAGGCGUGGCCUAAAGUUUUUUCCCGAAAUGGGCGUGGACGAAAGGGGUUUGCGUGCUGGGCGUGGCCUAAGGGUUUCACCGGGUGGGCGUGGCCCUGUGGGCGUGUCUGACGCAGGCCCCGCCCAGGGCCGCGCUGGGCGGCGGCUCCCCCAGCAGGGGGCGCUGUUCCAGGCGCGGAGGCGCGGGCGCGCACGGGGCCGGAGGGCGGGGCUGGAGGCGGAGCUUCAGCAGCUGGAUUUGGGGGCAGAGGCCGCAGCUCCCACUGGGACAGGACUGGUCAGUGAUGGAGGGAACAGAGCCGAGCGUGGGGACAGCCGCCCCCCAUGGGAUCUGGUGCUGGAGGGGCUGGUCCAGCGCUGCGUCCCUGUGCAGUGCCGCCCAGCCACUGACGAGGAGCUGCUGCUGGUGCACAGCCCCUCAUUUGUGGCACAGCUGGAGUCCCCUGACAGCCCCCCACAGGGGGGGUCGGGACCCCGCUGGGCCGUGGGGGCAGCGCUGGCACUGCUGGAGCAGGUGCUAGGGGGGACCCUGCGCAAUGGGGUGGCCCUGAUGAGCCCCCAGGACCCCCAGGACCCCCCUGAGCCCACGGCCGUGGCUGCCCGGGUGGCCCAGAAACAUCUGGGGGUGCAGCGUGUCCUGAUUGUGGAUUGGAGCCCCCAGCCUGGCCGGAGCCUCCCCCGGCUGUUCCAGGAAGAUCCCAGCGUUCUGUACUUUGGGGCGCAGCGGGGCCGGGAGCCCCCCCCGAGCACCGGGCACGGCCCUGGAGAGGGGUUCAGCGUGGAGCUGCGCUGGGAGCAGCCUGGUGUCACUGAUGGUGAUUACGCCGCCGCCGCCUUCCACGUCCUUCUGCCCAUCGCCUUCCAGUUCCAGCCCGAGCUCGUCCUGGUCGAGGCUUCGCUGGAGGAUUUGGGGGGGUCCCUGGGGGUCUCCCCUUCCGGGUUCUCUCUCCUGACCCACCUGCUCUCGGCCCUGGGGAGGGGACGGCUGCUGCUGCUGCUGCAGCGGCCUGGCCAGCAUUGCCCGCACCCUGAGCGUCCACCAGCAGUACUGGGGCUGCCUGCAGAGCAUCGGCCGCCAUAUUGGAUUACCGCCAUCUUGAUUCCUCUCAGGGACACCCCCCUGGACACCCCAAAACUCCUCCCAGACAUCCCAAAAACCCCUCAUGGAUCCUCAAACCCCCUUGGCGACCCCUCAGACCCUCAGGAACCCCCCCCAAGGACCCCAAAAAUCUUCUGGGGGAACCCCAAAAUUGGGUGGGAGUCAACCCUGAGGUGCCCCUCCUGCACAGAGGUCGAGGAGGAGGAGGAAGAGGAGGAGGAAGAGAAGGAGGAGGAGGAAGGAGAGGCAGAAGCAGGGGAGGAAGAAGAAGAGGAUGAGGAGGAAAAGGAGGAGCUGGAGGGGGAUGGGCCCCCCCCAGAGACCCCCCCGGAGCCACCACCUAGAGCCCGAGUGGGGCUGGUCUAUGACCCACGGAUGGAGGAGCACAGGAACACCUGGGACAGCCACCACCCCGAGUGCCCGCAGCGCCUGGCGCGGGUGCUGCAGCGCCUGCAGGAGCUGGGGCUCGCCCAGCGCUGCCUCCGGGUGCCCGCCCGGCUCGCCAGCCCCCAGCAGCUCCGAGCCUGCCACACCCGUGCCCACGUGCGGGCUCUGUCCCGGACCCCGGUGCUGUCCCCACGGGAGCUGCGGGCGCUGUCCCAGCGCUACAACAGCGUUUACCUGUGCCCGAAAUCCUACACCUGUGCCCGCCUGGCCGCGGGCGGGGCCUGCUCUGCUGUGGGGGCCGUGCUGGGGGGCCAGGUGCGCUCGGCUCUGGCCGUUCUGCGCCCCCCCGGCCACCACGCCCGCCCGAGCUCUGCCGGGGGCUUCUGCCUCUUCAACAACGUGGGGGUGGCUGCACGCCAUGCCCAGAGCCUGGCGGGGUCCCCCCUCAGGGUGCUGAUCCUGGACUGGGACGUUCACCACGGCAAUGGUACCCAGGAGAUCUUCGAGGAGGACCCCAGUGUCCUGUACAUGUCCCUGCACCGCCAUGAUGGCUCCUUCUUCCCGGGGGGGGCCGGGGGGUCCCCGCGGCGCCGGGGGAGGGGUCCCGGCACCGGCUUCACCCUGAACGUGGGCUGGGGGGGGCCCCGCGUGGGGGACCCCGAGUACCUGGCAGCCCUGACCCGACUGCUGCUGCCCGUGGCCUGCCAGUUUGGGCCGGAGCUGGUGCUGGUGUCGGCCGGGUUCGACGCGGGUCGGGGGGACCCCCUGGGGGGGUGCCUGGUCUCCCCCCAGACCUUCGGCCUCAUGACCCAUCUGCUGGGGGGGCUGGCGGGGGGGCGGCUCGUGCUCGUGCUCGAGGGCGGGUACAACCUGGCGGUGACGGCCGAGGGGGUGGGGCAGUGCCUGGGGGUCCUGCUCGGGGACCCCCCCACGCUGCCCCCCCCCGGGACCCCCCAGCCCGCGGCACUCCGGGCCCUGAGCCGCACCCUGCGAGCCCAGCGGGGCUCCUGGAGCUGCCUGCAGCUGCCUCACGCUGAGCCCCCACAGGAGUCUCCCAAAGAGGGGGCGGGCAGCGAUGACGUCACAUCCACCACCGGUGACGUCACAGGGUCAGCCGACUUGGACUCCGCCAUUCACCGCUUGGGGGCGCUGCAGCUCGGGGACGCCCCGGGGGCGGAGCCUCCACCAGGCCCCGCCCCCACAGCAGCGGCCGCGGCCGCCCCCUGCUGGGAGGAGGAGGAGGAGCUGGAGGAGGGGGCGCUGUACGCCGUGACACCUCUCCUGGAGUGUCCCCACCUGGGGGCUGUGGCCCCGCCCCCCCCCGGGGGGGCCCUCGGGACCGUCCUGCCCCCCCCCUGCGGGACCUGCGGGAGCCGCCGUGAGAACUGGCUGUGCCUGAGCUGCCACCAGGUGCAGUGUGGGCGCUAUGUUGGGGGGCACAUGGUGGAACACGGCGACGCCUCGGGGCACCCCCUGGUGCUGAGCCUGCGGGACCUGGCGGCCUGGUGCUACCCCUGCGGGGGCUACGUCACACACCCCGUGCUGCUCCCCACCAAGACCUUCAUCUACCGCCUCAAAUUCGGCUCUGACCCCCCCACCUCGUCCUUCUGAGUCCCUCCCCCACCCACCCCCACCCCACCCCCCACUAUUAAAGGGCUACACACGUGCCAUUCCCCCCCCCCCCAAUCACCAGCACCCCGGGACCCCCAAACCCCCCCUGGGCCAAAGGCUGGGCCGGACCCAGGGACGGGGGAGGGGCAGAGAGGGGGGGGGGCACCUCCCCCUCCCCAAAUCACCGCGGGGGGGUCCCGGGCACAGCCGGGGCACGCGGGGGGACCCCAGUUUUGUAUCCCCCUCCCCUUUUUUGGAGGGUUUUGUAAAAUCCCCUUUGUUACGCCGAGACACCAAUAAAGACACUGGGCGAG